AUGUCCGAGCAGACUGUAUAUCGCCUACCAUCUAAAGGGGCUGGCUACCAAAAGCUCGAGCAGAAGACCGAGCCGGUUCCAAAGAUACAGGCGCAUGAGGUUCUGCUCAAAGUACACGCAACAACAUUGAACUACCGUGACAUUGUAAUCGCGAAUGGAGGAUAUCCGUUCCCUGUCAAGGACGACGUUGUCCCACUGUCUGACGGCGCAGGAACGAUCGAGCAAGUAGGCGAUGCUGUGAAAUGGCUUGCGAAAGGUGACAGGGUGAUUGCGAACUUUGACCUUUCUAACCUAUACGGGCCGCAGCAGGACUGGCUCAAUGGGCUCGGUGGUCCAAUAGACGGCAUGCUUCGGCAAUACAUUGCCGUCCCAGCACGAUCUUUGGUGAAGAUUCCAGAGACUACCACUUUAAACUGGGCACAACUGGCCGGUCUCGUCUGCACAGGCACUACAGCCUGGAAUGCCCUAUAUGGCAACAACCCGCUGAAGCCAGGUCAAACCGUGCUGUUUCAAGGCACAGGCGGUGUCAGCAUGACCGGCUUGAUGCUCGCAAAGGCUGCUGGAGCCAUAACAAUCAUCACCUCUUCGUCAGACGAGAAGCUCAAGAUGGCCAAGGAGCAGUACGGCGCAGACCAUCUCAUCAAUUACAAGACCAACCCAAACUGGGCGGCUGAAGCCAACAAGAUCACCGAAGGCAGAGGCGUCGAUAUCAUCUUCGAAAACGGCGGUUCUGGCACCAUUGAGCAGAGCGUGGAAUGCGUCGCUCGAGGCGGAAUCAUCGCAGUGAUUGGCUUCCUUUCGCCGGCGAAGGAGAUGCCGGAUGUGGCAAGCCUGGUGCUCGGUAAAGGCUGCAUUGUACGCGGUAUCAACGUGGGUGCAAAGCAGCUCACUGACGAUCUUGUCGCUUUUGUUUGCGGUAAGAACUUGCAAAUGCCUGUGGAGAAGAUUUUCAAGUUCACCAAAGAGGACAUCCUGGAGGCGUACAAGUACCUCGAAAGCGGAUCGCACGUUGGGAAGGUUGCCAUACAAAUUGCUUAG